AAAACGAAUUUGACAUAAGUUAUCUUUGAGCGUGCUGUCAAUAUGGAUUCCAAUUUAUUCUUCGCUAUGGGAAAACUUACGAAAAUCUGUUGACUUUAUACAUUUCCCGUAAUCAGUGUGUUUCAUUGGUACCAAACAAUGUUUUAGAAAAAAAAAAGUUUAUGUAUAAAUUACGCCAUGGAUUGAAUUUUUCUAAAAUCAUUUAGAAAACAGUGUGUAAUAGUUCAUAGGUGAAGGGGAAAUUUGCAUCCAAACCCCUGAGGUGACCAACCUCAGGGAGUGUGGGGUUGGUUUGAAUCAGUGACCGGACCCACUAAAACCCCUUCAGUCUCCAGCCCAUAAUACUCCCCGGGACCACCGCUAGCUCCAGCUAAUAGAGGAUGCUUUGAAAUUAUCAAGCACAUAUAUCAUAAACCAUCCAGAUAACCGUCAGCAAAUUUGAAUUCGCCUAAUUGCAUGAAAACCAAAGUGUCCAUCAAUCAAUAGGAACCAAUUUGGAUAUAUUCAAAAGAAACAUGCCACUUUUCGGUAAAAAAGAUUCUGGCAAGAAGGUUCGGAAGGACGUUAAAGAUCUUGAAAAACAACCAUGCAUUGAAGAAAAAUAUGUUAUAAAAGAAUUACUUGGCACUGGAGCGUUUUCUGAAGUACGGCUUUGUGAAAAUCGGGAAAAUGGCCACUCAUAUGCGGUAAAAAUUAUUGACAAAAAAGCAUUAAAAGGAAAAGAGGAUUCUUUGGAAAAUGAAAUACGUGUACUGAAACGUUUCAGUGCUAAGCGACAUGCGUCUGAUUCUGAAAAAACAUUAUUCACUCAUCCAAACAUAGUACAACUUUUUGAAACAUACGAGGAUAAAUCGAAAGUAUAUCUUAUUAUGGAACUAGUUACCGGUGGAGAGUUGUUUGAUCGGAUAGUUGAAAAAGGGUCAUACACUGAAAAAGACGCCUCUUGUUUAAUUCGACAAGUACUGGAAGCUGUUGACUACAUGCAUGAGCAAGGCGUAGUUCAUAGAGAUCUGAAACCUGAGAAUCUGUUAUAUUACAGUACUGCCGAAGACAGCAAAAUAAUGAUAAGUGAUUUUGGGCUUUCAAAGAUGGAGGACUCAGGGUUUAUGGCAACCGCCUGUGGGACUCCGGGUUAUGUCGCUCCUGAGGUGUUAGCCCAAAAGCCGUAUGGAAAAGCAGUUGAUGUUUGGAGCAUAGGAGUUAUAUCAUACAUUUUACUUUGCGGUUAUCCACCUUUUUAUGAUGAGAAUGAUGCUAAUUUAUUUGCACAAAUUUUAAAAGGCGAGUUCGAAUUUGAUUCCCCCUAUUGGGAUGAAAUUAGUGAUUCAGCAAAGGAUUUUAUCAAAAACUUGAUGUGUGUAAAUGUAGAAAAAAGAUACACAUGUAAGCAAGCGUUGGGACAUCCAUGGAUCUCCGGUAAUGCAGCAAGUAGUAAAAACAUACAUGGCACCGUCUCGGAGCAGCUUCGGAAAAAUUUCGCAAAAUCUCGAUGGAAGCAGGCCUAUCAUGCUGCCACUGUUAUACGUCAAAUGCAACGAAUGGCUUUGAGUAGUGGAAGCGGUGCGUAUGGACGUAGUUCGUCACAGUUGAGCAAUACUGCUGAUACUAUGGGCGAACAAGAUGCUUCUGGCAGCAAAUAAACAACGCAAUUCAGAAAUUGGACUCAUCAUGACAUCAAGGUAAUAUGCCCACACCUUAUUCACUCAAUACCGGUCAACGGAGACGUCUUAACCAAAACAUAUAUGAAAAUAGGUUAUCUUGUCUACCUAUAACAUAAAUCGUGUUACAAAUAGUUAUAAAACGGAUGUUCUAAUAAUAAACCUACUGUCUAUUAUUACUCUUAUGUAGGUAGUUUAUGUACAAGUGCAUUUUUAGUUUGAGAUUUGAUUUACUUUAGUUGAAUAAUCAAUAAAAAGACAUAUUCAAACAGAA